AUGACACAACUGUCUCUAGAAGCUCAGGACAGGCUGAUAAUUAAAACACAGAAUUGGUUGGCUUGGGACAAGAAUGAGAAGACUCGCUCGGUUAUUGCUAAACUGUAUGAGGAGAAGAAUUUCGCUGAGCUUGCAGUUCGCAUGAAUGGACGACUUCUGUUCGGUACUGCAGGUAUUCGUUGCCGCAUGGAUGCUGGAUGGGCUCGUCUGAACGACAUGACCAUUAUCGGGAUCACUCACGGCUUCGCUAAGCACAUUUUGGCUGAACUUGGUGGAAAGAAACCUACUGGAGUAGCCAUCGGCUACGAUGGCAGACAUAACAGCAAACGUUUCGCAGAGUUGUCCUCGAAUGUGUUCAUCCGUAACGGCAUUCCAGUUUAUCUCUUCAGCGCCGUCUGUCCAACUCCUGUUGUAUCGUGGGCAACGAUAAAACUGAAAUGCGAUGCUGGUCUAAUCAUCACCGCAUCCCACAAUCCAAAAGAGGACAAUGGAUACAAGGCUUAUUGGAACAAUGGUGCUCAGAUCAUUGGUCCCCAUGACACGGAAAUUGUUCGAAUAGCAGAAGCUGAGCCACAGCCACGUGACGAAUACUGGGAUGUUGAUAAUCUAGCAAGCAAUCCACUUCUAAAAUCCGCUGACAUAACCAUUGAUCCCUAUUUUGAGAUAGAAAAAUGUCUCAUCUAUCAUAAGAAAAUCAAUGAGCAAACUCCGCUCAAAAUCACCUACUCGGCAUUUCACGGUGUUGGUUAUUUGUACGCAAAGCGUAUGUUGAAGGAAUUUGGCUUCCCCGAAGAUCACUUCAUCUCAGUCAAGGAACAGCAAGAACCAGAUCCAGACUUCCCCACUGUACCAUUCCCAAAUCCAGAAGAAGGUCAUAAGGUGCUGACACUGUCUUUCAAGACCGCAGAUGAGAAUGGAUCGACUUUUAUUAUUGCUAAUGAUCCUGACGCUGAUCGAAUUCAAAUCGCUGAAAAACAGCCAAGCGGAAAAUGGCGCGUCUUCUCUGGAAAUGAAAUGGGAGCGCUUAUGACAUGGUGGAUAUGGACAAACUGGUAUAAGGCUAAUCCAAAUGUGAAUAAAUCUGACGUCUACAUCAUCAACAGUGCUGUGUCGUCACAAAUUGUGAAAACCAUUGCUGAGGCGGAAGGAUUCAAAAGUGACGUCACUCUGACCGGCUUCAAAUGGAUGGGUAAUAAAACUGAUGAAUUACGGCGCAAGGGGAAGACUGUAAUUCUGGCCUGGGAAGAAAGCAUUGGCUACAUGCCAGGUCAUACCCUCGACAAAGAUGGAAUAAGCGUUGCCGGAGUGUAUGCAGAAAUGGCUGCUUGGCUAAAAACUCAAGGAAAAACUGUUCAAGACCAACUUUUCGAACUCUAUCACAAAUACGGUUUCCAUUUGAUUCGUUCGUCCUAUUGGUUCACACCUAGCCCAGCUGUAACGAAAGAACUCUUCGGAUCGCUAAGAAAAGACAUGAAGUACCCUGAAAAAAUCGGAUCUCAGCCUGUGAAGACCGUUCGUGACCUCACCAUCGGCUAUGAUAAUUCGAUGCCUGACAAUAAACCAGUGCUUCCGCUUUCAACUUCAUCUGAGAUGAUCACCUUCAAUUUGGCCAAUGGAAGCGUUGCCACCCUACGUGCGUCCGGUACAGAGCCAAAGAUUAAGUACUACAUUGAACUGAAAACAGCGCCCGGAAAGACAGAAAACGACCUUGAUGAGGUGACAAAGGAGUUGGAGCAGCUAGAAAAGGACGUUAUCGAGACGUUGCUACGACCGAAACAAUUCGGCCUCAUUCCUCGCAAGUAG